AAGUAUUCUCAAUCCUCCAUGUAUGUAAUCUUCAAACCCCACUUCUCUUCUUCCAAUUCUUAAGAACAAGCAAAAAAAAAAGUUCAAUUCCAUUUCAAUCCCAAAUGGGGAAGAAGAAAAAGUUUGUGAUUUUAGUCCUCAUUUUCUUGAAUCUUCCUUCUGGGUUUUCUUUAGCCUCAGCCACACCCACUGCAAUCUUUGGGAUAGUCACCAAUGUCGUGCCUGCGUUUUUCCACUGGGUGGUAUCACUAAUCUCCGAGGCCGAACCAGAUAUAUCCAUCAGUUCAACGACGAAAUUCGAGAGGGGAUACAAAGUGGAGACCGUCUUCGAUGGAAAGAAAUUCGGAGUUGAGCCACACUCUGCAGUGGUUUCACCUGUGAGAGAACAAGUCUUCAUUUCUGAUUCUGAAAAUAACAAUAUUUACAAGAUUUCAACACCACUGUCUCUCUAUAGCCAACCUGUGUUGAUCACUGGAUCGCCCGAAGGAUGUUGUGGACACAUUGAUGGGGAGUUGAGAAACGCAAGGAUGAAUCACCCGAAAGGGCUAGCCGUGGAUGACACUGGAAAUGUAUAUGUUGCAGAUACCAUGAACAUGGCCAUUAGAAAAAUCUCUACCAAUGGAGUGGUUACAAUUGCAGGAGGGAAAUGGUUAAAGGGAGAACAAGGGGACAUGGAGAGAGCAAGCGAAGAUGCAAAGCUUUCAAGCGACUUUGACGUGGUUUAUGUUCGAAGCAGCUGCUCGCUUUUGGUUAUUGACAGAGGAAACCGAGCAAUUAAAGCCAUCCAGCUUCACAGGACUGAUUGCUCUCCUCACAAUCACAACAAUUCCCAUCCAGGCACAUCACUUGUUGUUGCAUCAUGUUUGUUUGGUUACAUGUUGUCUCUGUUACAACGUAGAACCGGCACAAUUUUCUCAUCGAUUUCCAGCAAGAAAUCUGAAUUAGCAUCACUGGGAAGAGCAUUGUUGAACACUUGCUCAUCUGUUGUUAAAUUCUGCUCCAUUUCAAGCUCUUGGCGGUCAAAGAACCAAUCAUACACAGUUCAUCAUCAUCAUGAAGAAGAUGGCCAUCAACCAAUUAGAACGAAACAACACUCUUCGGUGAACAAAACAACACUCUUCGGCUUUCAUCAACACCAUCACAAGAAACAGACAUCGAGACCACAGACUCAUUACAUGGAAGAACACAGAAGCAAGAUGAUUGUGUUUGGGGCAGUUCAGGAAGACGAAGGAUUUCGCCAGUCCAUAUAUUGUGGUGAUUUUGAACACAGCUAAGAUCUUUCUCAUCCACCAUAUAACCAUUAUCGUAAUAUCUGUUUAUGGAUCUUGAUGAAUACAAGUUACUCUCUAUAUAUCUAUGUAUGAAUAGUGUAUGCUAACUCAAACUAAAUCAUCUUUUUAAAACAUUUUUUCAUCUAUCAUCUCUUGGAAUAAAAUAGUCAUGUUAUC